AUGUCCACAAUGGAGGGAUCAACCGACAAGGUGGCUGAAAAGUCAACAAAGCCGCUUGGCAUGCGCAAAAACGGUAUGCGCUGUGCAGCCCUGCGCUUCAUCAUCAACGAUGGCUCUUUGCUAACAUUUUUGGGUCUACAAGGAAAACAAUGGCAUGCACCAAAGAAGGCUUUUCGCCCGACCAAAGGCCUGUCUUCCUACGAACAGCGGACGAAGGAGCGUGCCGCAAUGGCCCAGAUGAAGGCCAAGGAGAAGGAGAUGAAGGAGGAGAAGGAGGAAGUGCGCCAGCGUCGAAUUCAAGCAAUCAAAGACAAGCGCACAAGAAAGGAAGAGAAGGAACGAUACGAGAAGAUGGCCGAGAAGAUGCACCGCAAGCGAGUGGAGCGAGUGAAGCGCAAGGAGAAGCGAAACAAGCUCCUCAACUCAUGA